AUGCGAACUCGAUCGAGUCGGUCUACUGAGGACUUGGUCGAGCUAGACUUACAACGGGUAGAAAGAGGGUUCAGAGAGGGGAAUGGAAACCCUUUGGGAAUGGACUCGGUCGAGCUAGGCAAACUCGACCGAUUGGUCAAGGAGAUGCUCCAAACCGCCACCAACAGAGACAAGGGAUUGUUCCACCACCAGUGCAGAACCACAACUUUGAGAUCAAGCUGGGAAUGA